GUUUAGCCGAUUUACCGUCAGCUGGCAACGCCUAAAAAACAAAAUAAAAAUAUAUAAAUAAGUAAAACCAAACAACAGAACCCUAAUCAUAGAAAUUAAUGAAAGUACCUUGUUUGUUUGCGAUUAUAGAAUAUUUUUGGGGUCGUAAAUAUAUGACAAAUAGAGGCACGGAUCAUAGUAAACACCCCAUUAACCACUAUACCAUUUAGAUUAGCUUUGUUCAUAAACAACGGAUAAGACUGUAUAUCAGCUUUGCUCGUCGACCUUUAAGCAAUCCACAUCGUUCAAUUCAGCUUUUGUAAUCGGAUCUGCAUACAUAUAUAGCUAUAUUGUCGGAUAUAUAGGAUGUGCGUGAUAUUCUUUUGUGCGGACUCAAAUCCGCCAGUCGGUGGCUACAAGUUGAUUCUAGCCUCCAAUCGAGAUGAGUUCUUUGCCCGAGCCACACAGUCGGCGGCCAAGUGGGCAAAUGCCGAACAUGUUUACGGAGGAAUAGAUUUGGAGCCGGGACGCGAGGGUGGAACUUGGCUGGCGAUCGGUCAUUCCGCUGGCUUCUUUAAGGUGGGCGCCCUGCUCAACCUGACCGGCGAACCCAAGCCUCGCGAUGCAGUUGCGCACAAGAACAUUUUGCAACCGCAUAAUCAAAAUAGCAACAGCACCGGCAUUAACCUUUGCCCCAAGCCAACCUCCUCCAACAACAACAGUCAUCCGAAUCUGAACUCGAAUCCAAGUAAGGGGCAAUCGAAUAACGAACAUUUCUUACUAGGGCGCGGCAUGAUCGUAGCGGACUUUGUUACCCAGACGGACGAUCAGCACAGCAUCCUUAACUACAACCAGAGCCUGCUCAAGGACUGCACCAAAUACAGUGCCUUCAACUUUGUGUCUAUCGAGAUUGGAUCACCAUCCCUCCCCGCCCUAGUGAAGCUGCUUAGCAAUGUUCCACCUACGUUAGAGGAGUUCAAAAACGGUCAGUCCUACGGAUUUGGCAACAGCCUCCCCCACACGCCUUUCGAGAAAGUGCGCCAUGGCCAACAGGAGUUUGAGGCAAUCGUGAAGGAGCAUGGUGAAUCGAAUGUAGAGACCCUGUCCUCCCAUCUAAUGCAGUUGCUCAGAAAUAAGCAUAAAUUCUGGCCGGAUGCGGAAUUAAAGAGGCGGGCGCCCAACUGGGGCGAGGGCUUGAGUGCUCUGAAUGUUCACAUCGGUGAUCAUGCAUAUGGCAGUCGGACACACACUGUAAUCCUGGUGGAUAGUCAGAAUAAAAUGCACUUCAUUGAGGAAACAAUGGCAGGAUUGGAUCCCCAAGGCGAGUGGAAUAAAACGCACAUUGAAAAGGACUUUCAAAACAUCGUUUGACUACGUUUAACUAAACUAAUGUUUGUGCUUUAAGCAACUAACUGGCUGAUAUAUCAGGAAUUUGUGUAUUUGUUUCCUUCUUGUGUUCCAUUAAUCUGUAUUAUGACACUGGCAUUUACUUACCAUAAUAAAUAGUCUUAGACAUUUUACUAUAUAAA